AUGUACAAACGCGCACGCAGUAAUCCCACUCAAAUCGAAACUGUGUGGAAGCGAAGGAUCAAGAUUGACAAGGAUCAAACGCUUCUCAUCUGUAAUUAUCUGACGAACAACAAGUACGGAGAGAAUCAAAGCUCUAAAAUUUCAAAAAGAAGGACACAAAAGAAGAAAAUUUCCCGUGUGGAUGAUGAUGAAACCGAUAGUGGGAGUACGACUGGAAAGAGUGGUGAUUCGUAUGAAAAUACAAAAUUUGUAGAAUAUAUGAAUCAUUUUACUUCCCAAUGGCAAAUAUCACCCGAAGAAUUACAAACCUUGCAAGAACAUAUUGAGCAGGAACAAACGUUAAUGAAACGCAAGAAGUUUUUACUCGAGAAUCAGGCCAUCCAUGAAAUUGAGAAGGAAAAGGAACGCCAACAACUCUCUCAGACCAUUCAAUCUGCUCGGAAGACGAUGGAUGUUCUUUCCAAAAUGUUGUUGUCCGAACCAACCGUUAAAUCUGUACCUUCUUCAUCAUCAGCAACAAUAGCACCAACAACAUCAUCAUCGGCAUCUACAAAUGCUCAACCACCACCUUCCAUCCACGAACAAAAGCCUUCCACUACCAUGAUGGUCAUGACAAGUGGCGGUGGAUUGUCAUUAUCCUCUUCGGAAGUUGUGGCUACUACUACUCUCGCUCCUCCUUCUAAACCUCCCACUUCAACCACACCGACCACAACAACCGCAGCCUCCACCACCACUACCGCAGCAGCAUCACCAUCCACUUCUGCUCUUCACUCUUCAUCCAAUUAUCAUCAACAUUCCAUCAUGUCUCAUGGGGAUCAUCAUUUGUUGAUGCCUAGUGCAAAUUCACUGCCUCCUUUUCCAGCCAUGUCUUCCGGUUCUGCCAUGUCAUCGUCGUCGAGUUCAAGUCACAUGUCCAAUCCUAUUACGACUAAUCUUACUCCAAAUCUAUCGGAACAACCUUCAUCAACACCGUAUUAUCCUACACCUCCUAGUUUACCUCCCUCUUCUGCCAUGAUGACUCCUCCAAUGCAACAUCGACAACCCUAUCCUAAUAAUCCACCACCACAUCAUAAUCCUCCACCGAUGCGAUUCCCUCCUCCACAACAACAUUUAUAUCCACCUCCACCUCAUCAUUAUCAUCCACAUCCUCCUGUAUUUCCACCUCCACCAGGAAUGGGUGGACCUCCGUUUUAUAUGCCUGGAAAUGCACCAAAUACACAACAACGACGAAAGAGGUAG